UUUCCAUUGGCUUCAGAGCGGGCGCUCCGAGGCUAGAGGGAAGGAGAAGGGAUCAGGAGCGGGAGCUGAGGUAAAAGAGGCCGGUCCGGGUCUGGGCGCUGCCGCUGCUCGCCCGAGGUCUGCAGGCCGGGCUGCGGCUCAGUCCUCGGCUCCUGGGCACAGUCUACGAGGCUCCGCCGGGCCAGCGUGGGAGAGCCGCAGGCGGCGGCCGCCGCAUCAUGUCAACCAAGGACGAGAGGGCCAGGGAGAUCCUGAGGGGCUUCAAACUAUAUUAAUAUAAUAUCCAGAAUAUAAAUGACUGCCUGCAAAUCAGUAAGGUUCUUCACUGCAAGCUACCAAACAAUGGGAAAGUCCCUCAAAGGCUCUCUGGUGCUUUCAGAACUGACUGCAGUUGGAGGAACAGGGGAAACACUGCAGAAAAGAAAUUGGAUGAACCUUCGGGAUGCUGAGACAGGGAAGAUACUCUGGCAAGGAACAGAAGACCUGUCAGUCCCUGGAGUGGAGCAUGAAGCCCGUGUUCCCAAGAAAAUCCUCAAGUGCAAGGCAGUGUCUCGAGAAUUGAACUUCUCUUCAGCAGAACAAAUGGAAAAAUUCCGCCUGGAACAAAAAGUUUACUUCAAAGGGCAAUGCCUAGAAGAAUGGUUCUUCGAGUUUGGCUUUGUGAUCCCUAACUCCACAAACACCUGGCAGUCCCUGAUAGAGGCAGCACCCGAGUCCCAGAUGAUGCCAGCCAGCGUGCUAACCAUGGCAUUGCUUUCAUCUCUCCUUUUUUUGGAAUGUGAACCUGGCUCCAUGAUGGGAAGAAAGACAUUUAACAGAGCAGACCGUAGGAUCACAGCUAUAUUUUACUCCAGAGAUCGACUGAUAGAUCUUGUGGUUCCUGAGUGCUUCAGUUGCUGCUUUCCAAGAAGAUUCAAACUUCUCGGAAUUGUCUCCACUCACUCUUUGCACCCCCUACCUCUCAUUGACUCCUCAACCCACGGCUUUCUGGCUCUGGCCUGUGGCUUCCUCUCCUUUGAGGCAUCAGUGAACUCCACUGAGCCACUGCCCCCGUCCAGUCCUUCUUUAUCUGCUGGGACUCUGGGAGCCCCUUUGCUGAGUGUCUGCUCCUUGCCCCUUUGCAGGCUCUUCAUUUUCUUCCAGCUGCCUUGUCCCUAAAAUGUUUGUUGGUGGAUUUGGGAUUUUUUUUUUUUAGCUAUUGUAUAUUGAGAAAAUGCUUGUGCAAAAUUCUUCUUCUUUUUUUUUUUGGCCGCACCUCGCAGCUUGCAGGAUCUUAGUUCCCCAACCAGGGAUCAAAACCAUGCCCCCGGGUACAGUGGAAGCUCGGAGUCCCAGCCACUGGACCACCAGGGAAUUCCCACUUGUGCAAAUUCUUUAAACAUUAUACAUUCACUGCAUGCAUAUUUAUUGAGCACUUUUUAUGUACCAGACACUGUUAUAAGUGGUGGAGACACUUGUUGGACAAGAUGAGUGAAGUCUCUACCAUUAGAUUCUAAUGAGAGGAGACAGAAAGCAGUUAAUUUCAGAUAGUAAUCAGUGCUCUGAAGAAAACAGGACAGUGCAAGGGCAGCAUGUCUGAAAUGAGGAGGUGAAGAAACGGAAAGAAGUCAGCAUUCAGCUUUUGACCCCAAAACAGGAUUGAUGUGUCCCCAGCAAGCCAACAGUCUGGAAAGCCAGGAUUUACUCAAAGGAAAAGAUU